AUGACGACGGAGGACAAUGGAAACGUGAGCCUGCUGAAGCCGACCUCCAGCAGCAACGAGGACCUCAGCGAGUACACCGACGCCGACGAGAGCAUCUCGGCGCCCACGGAGUUUCUCGCAGAGUUCCUCUCUGCCGUGAUGCUGAAAGACUACGUCACUGCACUGAAAUACUGCAAGUUGAUCCUACAAUACGAGCCGAACAAUGCUACGGCUAAGGAGUUCUACCCCCUCAUCCUGGAGAAGCUCCAGUUAACUGUGACUGUUCCAGUUAACGCCGAAGAAGGCAGUGGUAAUGAGAAUGACAGCGAGGACGAGGAGGCCAGCGAGGGAAGCAGUUCCGCUUCCGGCACGGACUCCGAGAAUGGCACUAGUUCGGAGGAAAGCAGCGAGCCUCCAGAGGAGGAAGAGGGUGUGGAGGUGGAGCAGGGCGGCGGCAGCGACAAGCAGUCGAAGGGCUCCUCCGACGGCGAUGCCACCACCGGCAGCUACUCCAGCCUGGAGGACGACGAGGCGGAGACGGUGGACCAGCUAGCGGCCCUAGCGGCGCGGUAUCAGGUCGAUAACGUCGACCUUGGCAACGGGAAUAAGAUAUGUAAGCUGGUGUCCAAUGCCAACACGGCGGUGACGAACUUCGGCAACAACUCGCUGAUGAACGCGAACCAGCCGCCGUUCGGCACCAGCUCCGACUCCGAGUCGCCCACGGAGCCCGUCAGCCAGCAGACGGUGACGGUGGCCAUGCUCAGGGCCAGGGUGGUGCCAAACAAGAUGUAG